AUGGCGAAUUAUGAUGAUGACGGUAAAGAUGGUGAAGAUGAAACAACCUCUGAUAUUAAAAUACCACCAACCACAACCACUGGGCAUUUCUGCGUAGAUAUUCAGCAAGAAGGCGAGGGCAGCAGAGCUGGUCAAGGAAUGAAGGAAAUGUAUAAGAUGAAGCUCCAGCAUGCACAAGCAACUGAAAUUCUAAACCUACUUUGUCCGAAUAUUCUGAUGCUUCUGAAUGUAGAAAAGAGGAAUAUGAUUAGAAUAGCACUGAAUUGUGCAGCUCAGCAGGACAAUGCUGAGUUUGUUUUGCGAGUAACGAAGGCAAACCCGGAGUUAAUCGCACUUGUUACUUCUGUUUGUCUAAACUAUCCCGUUUUCGUCAUUACCGCUGUUGAAUAUCGUAAAGCUGCGGUUUUCAGCCUCUUCCUUUGUCGUCACUUCGAGAUUAUGGCAGCAGCAACACCGGCAAAAAUGAGAGCAGCAAGAGAGACAGGAAAUAACUUGCUACAUUUGGCAGCCUCGUUAGCUCCUGAUUCCUACCUUAACAGCAUCUCCGGUGCCGCACUGCAGAUGCAAAGAGAACUGCAAUGGUUCAAGGCUGUCGAGAGUGUAGUGGAUGCCGGAUACAGGCUACAUCAAAACAAGGAGGGGCUGAUUCCUAUAGAAUAUUUCAAAAAAAACCACAAAGGGCUAAGGGCUGAAGGAGAAAAAUGGAUGAAGGACACAGCAUCUUCUUGUUCAGUUGUUGGGACUCUAAUUGUUACGAUCAUGUUUACCGCAGCUUUAACAGUUCCCGGGGGGAACAAUCAGGAUUCAGGGUACCCAAUGUUUAUCAAGGAGAAGUUAUUUAAAGUUUUCUUGAUUUCAGAUGCACUUUCUUUGUUUUCAUCCACUACUUCUGUGCUCGUAUUUUUAGGAAUCCUCACCUCACGCUAUGCAGAAGAAGACUUCCUUUGCUCGCUACCUACAAAAUUGAUAAUAGGUCUUUCUACAUUGUUUUUGUCUAUUGCAACUAUGAUGAUUUCCUUUUCAGCAACAAUAAUGAUCAUGUUGCAAUAUAAUUCACUACGUUUAUGGGUUACUCUUCCUAUUACUAUGCUGGCUGGUGUUCCAGUAACCCUCUUUGUAUUAUUACAAUUCCCUCUUCUUGUUAAAGUGUUUUCUUCUACUUAUGGUCCAAGCAUCUUCAAGAAGAAGGUGGAAGAGUGGUCAUGA